AUGAAAGAUUGCAAUCCAAGUCAUGUUCCGAUGAAGCCUCGUCUCAUACUAAGCAAGAAGAGUGAAGCACACGCGGUUGAUGCAAUGGAGUAUAGAAGUGUGGUCCGAAAGCUGGGGUAUCUCACGAAUACAAGACCAGACUUGGCCUAUUCCGUUGGCAUAGUGAGUCGCUUCAUGGAAGCACCCAUGAUGGAAGAUUGGGCAGCUGUGGAAAAUAUACUCAGGUACAUCAAAGGGACAACAAACUUCGGUUGUGUCUAUUUGAGAGAGAAGAAGAAGGAGAUGGUGGAGCUACUUGGCUAUAGUGACAGCGACAUGGCAGGAGAUGUAGACGACCGUAAAAGUACCCCGGGCGUGGCAUAUUUCUUGGGAGGAAGCAUAGUGAGUUGGCUAUCACAAAAGCAGAAGGUGGUUGCAUUAUCAUCUCGUGAAGCUGAGUAUAUUGCAGCUACAACCGUGGUGUGUCAAGGCAUUUUCCUAGGAAGGCUACUCAAUGACCUCACAGGCAAGGAACCAGAACGAGUGGUGCUCAACAUUGAUGACAAGUCUACAAUCUCUCUAUGGAAGAAUCCGGUGCAUCAUCGUCGAUGCAAGGACAUCGAUACGAGAUAUCGUAACUUACGGGAGUGUGUGGAAGAAAGCAAGAUUGACAUUAAUUAUGUUUGCACCAACGAUCAGCUUGCAGAUAUCUUAACCAGAUCUUUGGGACGACAGAAGUUCACGAAGAUGCGGCGAAGGAUCGGCGUCCAAGCUGUAAAGUGAGGACAUCGUGUUUAGGGGGGUGAUUGUUGGAAUUAACCACGAGUCCUAGUCCGGUUUGGACUGGAACAAGACACCGUGUAGGUAUAGGACUAGUAGUAGUAUUAGGAUUAGAGUUUCUAACCCGUGUAGGUUAGCUUGCCUGUCCUGGCUACUAUAUAUAUAUCUACAUAGACCCCUGUAAUCUUUGUACCCAACCUAGAUCAAAGCAAUAAAAAUUCCCAGGAGCGACACGCUCCUGUUGUUGCAAUCCAUCAGCGUCCAAGUGUUUUCGUGUGCGUGUAGUUUCGCCGAGUUGUGCUAAGAGCAUUAUUAGUAGAACCCUCAAACCCUCAAAUCUUAAAAGCAGUUUUAAGGGUUGAGUUGUGCCAUUUUUUGACGCUUUUAAGGGUUGAAAAACAGGGGCAAAUACUAGAACCCUCAAACCCAACCCGUAAACUGCUUUAAGGACUGGAUUUGAGGGUUCUAGUCUUUGCCUCGACCCCAACCUUUAAAUCUAUCAUUUGACAUCUCACCUUUGCCACUUCCAUGUGCUUUGAUUUGGAUCUAACCAUGAAACAAUACUAAAAUUUUACUUAGUAUCAAUCGUCUAGUGUAAAAAGCAUACUGUUGACUACAGUAGGAGAUAAAAUGUCUCACCAGGCUAAAUAUUUGUGCCUCCAAAAUCUAGAUAAAAACGAAUUUGCAGUAGGAUAAUGUUACAUUGAAUGUGCCUACUGACA